AUGCGGAAGAUAUUUAUCCACUUUAAAGCACUUUCUUCGCAAGUGGAUUCUCCGUUUGUUUUUCAAAUUGCCGACACGUUCCUUAUUGCAAGCCACCCGUCAAAGUUCAUUUUCUUCUCAUGCUAUUUCACAGAGCAUCAUCACUCAAACGGUGGUCCUACUCCUGUUACGUUGUUCCCUAACCUAAGAUAUCUCCCCUAUCGUCAACACGAACGCGCUUUUGCCCAAUCCUCUCACUCAGCCCGCCUUCUUCGGACAUGCUUCUUGGAAACCCGAGUUAUGUCACCACAGAAUAUAUCGGGAGCUAUCAUUACCGGUCUCAUCACCUGGCUUCAAACUCAAGCUAUGAGUACCGACCCUGCAUUCGCUGCAAGUAUACAUCACUUGUAUGUACCCAUUCGAUUUUCAUUCCUGUUCAAAACUGAGAAGGACUCGACUAGAACGGUUGCGAAGCAAUAUGCGACUGCAAGCUGGGGCGCGCCUUAUACCAGUCAUUCCUCAAAAUAUUUUAGCAGUAAGUUUUUCGCUGUCCUAGCUUUGGCAUCUCUCACCGGCCUUACGCUUUCUCUUCGAGUGUAUGCGCUGUACGGAAGAGACUGGAAAGUCUUCCUUUUACUCGUUCCGACCUUCGUUGUAGAGAUGGUGAUAGAAGCGUGGGCAGUAGCAGGUGGUGUUCCGGUGCCUAUUCCUCCAGGACAAGUUGGAUGUAUACUAACGGGGAAGCCUAAUCAAGGAGAUCGCUUUGCCGCUUUCUGGAUCGGCCAACUCAUUUUCCCUUCGGUCAUUUUCCUCCUUACUACUGGACGGGUUCUCGUGAUGAAACAGCAAGGCACUAUUAAGGGAGGAAUUACAAUGCUGCUAUUACGAGACGGUGUAAUGUAUUUUGCGAUGAUAUUCACGGUGAACCUUGCGAAUGUUUUGACAUACGUGAUUGCACCACCUGACAUCCAAGCCAUAAACGCACCUUUCUCCGCCCUCAUCACAGCAAUGAUGAUAUGUCGACUUAUGCUAAACCUUCGAAGCGUUGGUACUUCAAAUAUCGAAAACAACCCAUACAUACGGACGCGUACGGGUAAUAUCAUCUCAGAAACGCUUGUUGGUAACCUCGGCGAGGCUUUGGACGUCGCUGGUGACUGGAAGGAGCCUAAAGACGAUCAUAUGAGGCACGAAUUUUCGAGCAGCCAAGUUUAUGAACUCGACACGAUCAGUAGAUAA